AUGGAUGGCUUCUCAGAAUAUGACCCUGAAAAGGGUAUACCCUUGGCAAUUGAUCCUAAUUUAAUUAGUAUUCCGGUGUCUACUUCAUUAACGACUAAUGGUAACGGUGACGAAGGUGUUAACAAUGAAGAUGCCACAGUAUUUGCAGCUGACGAUGCUGAUAAUGCAAAGUCGCAAAAAUCAUUAAUUCAGAACCCGUAUGAGUACUUUGGUCAGAUGCCGCUUGAGCAGUUUAUUCCACUGAUGUUGCAACAGAGAGGUACUGGUACCAAAUUUGCAGACAUACAUGAAGAGACACUCCUCGAGGAAAUUUCUCGAGAAAACAGUUCUAAAAGUAAUAACGCUAUUCAAGAAGAAGAUAAUGAUGACAGCGCUAUUCAGAAUGUUGAUGAAAAAACUACCACUGUGGUCAAUGAAGGCGUAUCUGAUUCACAUGAAAUGAAAGAUGAAGAUGGGGACGUUAACAUGGACGUACCGUCAGUAGAAUCGUCACCGAAGCUUGCAGAAGAGCGUGAACCAACAGCAGAUGCUAAUGAUGCUCAAAGAGCAAUCUCUGGAAAUCAAGAGGAAUCAAUUACGUUAGAGGAAUUUAAGAUGAUUAAGAAAAAUGUCCUUGAACACGUUAAUAUGGCAUUGAAUGAAUCGUCUUUGUCUCUUGAGUUUGUGUCCUUAUUAUUAAGUUCAACGAGAACUUCUGCAGGUAUAAGUUCAAUGUCACCAUACUUGAAGAAGAUUGCGCCUCCUGCUUCUUUGAAUGCUGAUAAAGUACCUUUGGAUAUUUUGGAUGAACACGAAAAAUUAACAUAUGAUAUCAUUCACAAAGGUUGGAACCUGCGAAGUCUAGAAGAUUGUAAAAGGCUAUUAAAACAGCAUUACCAGAUACUUUCCAAAUCUGUAGAAAGUGAGUAUCAUUACUGGAAGCAAAUCUCAGAUAAUAUCACCAAUAAAGAUGUGCUGUUUAAAAUGAAAGACAAAAACACGGGGAGAAGAACCUUGGGAAUAAAAUACGGAUUUGAUGACUCUGGAUCAUGUUAUUCAGCAGAUAAAGGUAUCGCUCUCUUACGUGCGACUUCCGAGGGCUCUCAGUUAGAACUAGUACCCAUCAUUGAUUCUGGUAUCAAUGUUGGAAUCAGUAGGGGUUCAUCAGAACAGUUUGUUAGAGUCAGGAUAUUCACUAAAAUUGAACAAGAAGAUGAUUACCUACUUUCAGGUCAGAGUUCGCUCAAUGAGCUUUUGUUGAGUUCUCGGAGCGACAUCAAGUCACAGAUAGCAAAAUUAAGAUUCUUUAUAUUUGAGAAAGAAUUGAUGCAUCAGUUGAAGAAGGAGGCUGGACAACUUUUACCAUAUGGGGUCUCGGUCGAAAAUGAGAACAAGGUCUUACUUGAGCUUUCAAAUGAGAAGAUUGAAUUCGAGCUAAUCAAUUUAGAUGAGGAAGUCACUUCAAAUUACCAACAAGAGGCAGCAAAGGUCAAUGACAAAAGAGCCAAUUUAAUUCUAGUUAUGCUCAAUAUGCUACUUGUUGUAAUGUAUAAGAAACAGCUUUGGAAGAGAUUGAACCCAAAUCCACAUUCUUCUAAAUCAUCGAAAGGUUACGGAAAGGACCUUGUGCUUUUGCGUGCCAUUCUUGGCAAGAUCAGGCACAAGAAAUACACACAACUUAUUGAAAAGAUCGUGAACAAUGCUAUAUUGGAGAAGAAGGAAGAUUCAAUCAUGACAACCAAUACCGAUAUUACAUCGAAUGAUAAUGAACCUAGCAAGAACAAAGAGCUUGCAACUUUACAAAGGGAAAUCGCUUUGUUUGAUAAGAUAUUAUCAAUGCCAAGGACAGACUUUACCAUAAACAUACCUGAGAAGGGGAAACUAGAACUUUCGUUGAGAAGUACCAAUCACUGUAAUGCAAUCAUCCACAUGAAGUACAUCGAUGUGGGUCAAGUCGUCAAGUUCGAUACCCGAUUCUCAGAAUUUACCGAAUUUGAAGAAUUCUUGAAUUUUGUUUAUAAUGAGUUUCUUAUAUAA